AUGGCCAGUACGCUUGCGCUCUUUUGGGGCCUGGCCGCUACAGAGCAAGAGGCUCGUAUAAGUGCUUCAGAUGCUCUGAUAGAGGCGCUCGUGGCACAGCCUUGCGACCCUGUCACAGAAGCGCCAGCAGAAAAUGUCUCUGGCGCGCCGGACGAUGUCCUGGAGGCGGAGGCACAGCAGUCCGAGCAGCGCCUAGACGAUCUCAACGCACCAGACGUAAGCUAUGCGAUCCGCCGCCUUACACGUGGCCUCGCAAGUCCGCGUGAGAAUGCUCGUGCGGGUUUUGCCGUGGCGCUGAGUGAAUUGCUCCAGCAGAUCCCCUCGGUCGCCGCGCACGAUGUUCUUGUUCUCCUGCUCAAGUACACGACGCUGCGUGGAAAUCUCAGUGGCCAGGAAGCACGCGAUUUCCAAUUCGCUCGGCUAUUUGGCAUUUAUGCCCUGGUCCGUUCGCAGCUGCUGUAUACACCCACGUCGUCCCUCGCGACGUUCCAACGGGCCUUUGAUGUCCUUACGGUCAUUGCUUCCUACAAGUCGUGGCUCAGUGAGCCUUGCGGCUACGUGCUUACGGAGCUCAUUCGUCCUCUCGGCACAGGUGAAGUGUCGCGUCCGGCGUGGGCCGACGACGCCCUCGUCUGGGUGCUCGAGCGCAUGAAGGCGGCGCAUACGCUGACCCCGGAUACGUUGGCCUUGGCCCUGACGCUCUCCCAUAUUACACCGUCGCUACCUGUGGGCACAUGCCUAUCGCCGCCACUGAAGCAUGCUUGCAUCCUCGCCACGCCGAACCUCUCGGUCCUCGCAACGACCUUGCGUGACGCUGCGCCUAUGCAUUGGGACGCCGAGGCGCCAGCUCCGAAAGCAGGAACCUGGUCGACACAUCUCCCGUUUGUCUGGGACUUGAUCCUGGAUCUAUACCUGCAGGGCUCCCUGCCUGAGGGUGCCGCGCCCCUCCCGGACUUUUUCCGGAUCGUCGUCGAUGAAUCGCUCUUUGCUAUGCACUCCUCGCCGGAACGCAAGUCAUGGGGAUUCCAGGUUUUGCAUCGCAUUCUUCCACGGGCCGAGCCAGACGUUUUGCCCUUCCUCUUCACGCCCAACCUCAUGCGGACGUGGGUGAAUCAGCUGGCAGGCGAAGACCGUUUGCUGCAUACGAUGGCGCAGAAGACGGUCACGAUGGUGAGCGAGGCAGUGAAGCGCAGCCCUACGGCUGGCGUGGCUUUAGUCACGCAGCUCAUGGGCGAGCAUGGCCGUCAAGACUUUGAUCGUGUGACGCGAACCAAGACCAUUGAAUCGAUCCUCUCCACACUCGACGAGACGGGCAUCCAGCGGUACUUGGAGUACCUGCGCAGCGUGGCCUAUGGCAUGAGCUCCUCGGACGACGACAAACAUGUGGCGUCCCAGCGCCAGUGGGUAUGCGAUCAAAUGCUCGGCUUGGUGCGUAGCAGCUUGGUGACAAAGAGCAGUGCAUGGAUCUACGACAUUCUCUUGUUCUUUGUGGGCCAUGGCUACUUUGAAAUGAAAAAGAGCCCCGGAACGCCGUGGAAUCAAGUGUUGCAGCAGCCCAAGGUACCGUUCAGCGCCGCACUCCGUGACGUAUGCCGUUUGCGUUUGCAGGCGUGCUUGACAGAGCUUCGGGAGCCCAACGAACAGGGCCGGGCAUGGCCGUUGGUCGUAAUGGAUAUGGUCGUGAAAAUGUCGCAGGAUACCAAGCACUUUGCAUCCACCGCCACAGACGUCGCACAGUCCCGUAUCACGCCAGCGCUUGCGGCCUGGGAGCGUAUGGACAAGGCAGCGGCCAAGGAGACAGGUGCGCGUCAGUCGCAUAUGCGUGCGUUGGAGAUCUUACUGGCUGCCGCAAUUCUUGUCACGUUUGAAGACACAGACGAGUCGCAAGACUUGCUCGAGCCUUUGCUGGAUGCUUCGCAGAUGCUAUUCCAGGAGAAGAAGAAAAAGAAGCAGCAGCAGCAGCAGCAGCGCGAAGAAAUUGGCGGUAUGGAAAUGCUAACGGACGCUCUGAUUGGAUUGCUGGAGCUGUCCUCGGCGUUCCUACGUGCGAUGUCGACGCAAGUGUUUGGCGUCUUUAGUGGCGAGAUGACCAAGGACAGUCUGGAUCACUUGAUUGAUCAGCUGGGUCUGAAUGAAGAGCCUGAGGACAACGACGAGGCUAUGGAUGAGGAUGAGGAGGAAGGAGAAGAAGAAGAAGAAGAUGUUGAUGAUGAGGAUGACGACGACGAAGUGGACGACGAUGACGACGACGAUGACGACGAUGACGACGACGACGACGAAGUGGAUCCGAUCCUGCGCUCGCGUGUGGAAGAAGCCUUCCGUGCGAGUGGUAUGGCUGAGGCCGAGGAAGAGGAAAGCGUCGAGGACGAAGAGGAGGCGUUCGACGAUGAACAGAUGGCGCAGCUCGACGACAAAUUGGCCGAGAUAUUCCAACAACACUCGUCGUCGAAGCGGAAGCAGCGCGAAGCUCUGCAGCGCGACACGACGCUCUUUCACAACAAGAUCCUGGAUCUAUUGGAAGUGUAUGCCAAGGAACAGAGUAGCAACGUUCUCGUUAUGCGUCUUGUGGCGCCGCUCUAUGCACUGGCGCGUGGAUCCGGCGAUGUAUCGCAACAGGUGGCAAACCGUGCGAAUCAAAUUCUGCGUAGCCGUCUGUGCAAGUCGAAAGACGUGCCGCGCGGCGAUGUUGAAGCGUCGAACCUCGUGGAAGAGCUGAAAGCUACGCAUGCCUUUGCUCGUGCGACACAGGACGUGCGCAUGGCCGAGUUAGCGACUGCUGUGAGCCAACUGUAUACCAAGGUAUUGAUCCGCAAUGGUCACGUCGCAGAACCUGUGUCUUUGUAUGCAGAAACACUGCACGAUUUCUUGGAGCGCAAGGCUUCGCCUGUACGCCCCGCAUUUCUCCUGGAUGCAAUUCGACGCUUCCCCGAGCUGGGUUGGGGUCUGCGCGAAGCCCUCCUGGAUGGAUGCCGUGUAUCAAAAGCAGCUCGCGCCUUCCGCCAGGUGCAAGCCUUUGCGAUGCUGCAAGCGAUGCUGCAGCAGCAACAGCGUGAAGAGUCACGACAAGCACCGUUGAAUAAGAUCUUCGCUUUCAUGAGCUCUGUGCGCCGUGCUGUUCUCGAGACGCUCGAGAUGGCCGCCAGCGACGAUAGCAGUGCGUCUUCGCUCAAUGCGCAACGGCUGAAAGAGGUACUUCGAUUCGCACUGCAGGCUGUGCGUAUUACGGCGCGACUUGCGGAAGGUGAUAGUGCCCAAGCUCUUGCUUGCUGGCCGCCCUCUGAGCUGGAGGCGAUAAGCGCGCAAAUGCAAGCAUCGGAGCGUUUCAGGGAGUCUACGUCGCUCCAUGGUCUACUGAAGGAGAUGCUGGCGACGUUGCGCAAAGUGGAGAACACCACAACGGAGCCUACACGAACCAAGCGCACGGCUGACGAGGUGGCGAAAACGUCGAAGAAGACAGCGAUGCCCAAGACCACCAAACGCGCCAAGCGUGUGGCCUCGUAA